AAUAGAACGGUCGGUCGCCGUAAUUUAUUCUAAAAGCGUGAUUUUAUCUAAUUUUUUAAUAAAAUAUUUAAUUAAAGAGUGAAUAUUAGUGUAAAAUUAUUCCUUAAUCAUGCCAGCAGUAUACUCCUUCACCCGAUCACACCAGGACACCUUACAGCAACUGAUCCGUGUCUUCAGCUCGGGCGGCACGGCUCGCGAGCAAUGGAGUCUCCAAGCAGAGAUGCUGGUUGAACCCGUCGGCUGGGACGGACUCUGGAAGCUUUCUAAAGAGUUUUGUAAGAAAUUUGAGGUACGGUUUCCUUGUGUAGCCUACAUCUCCGUCACAUCAGUGGACUUUGAGGGCCUGUCUGCGAAUGUAGAAGUACUGAGUGUGCAACAUGAAUCCGUCACUUUACCAGAGUCCAUUGAAGACGUCCCAUUGAUUGAGCUCUGGCCAACAACGAAGCAACGGGAACACUGCAUCGAUGUCGCUACCACGGCUGAGUUUAUUGAUUUGAUGAGAUUCUUCUACAACAACAUCUGGAUGCCCUGGGACGAUCAGGACGACAAAGUCCUGCUGCCCAACACGAUAGAAGAGCGCAUGCAGCUAUGGACGGAGCUCCACGACGGCAGUAUCCCCAACUGUGUGGCUCGCUCCAUCGUGCUGCUACGGAAUAGCGCCAUCGAUGCUCACAACAAGCUCAAGCAGCUGGACUCUUCGCUGUGCGAGGACGAUUCGGGUGAUGAAGACGAUUCCCUCCUGCCACCAAAUUACAUAACGCUCUGCGCAGAGUUGACGGCCCGUCUGGAUGCGCACAUGUCUAAAUGGACGCUGUACGAGAAAGCGCUCAUCAGAGAACAAUACUUAGCUAAGAUGAAGAACAAAUGGCAGAACAACAAAACUAAAAGAAAUGUGGUGGUGCUCUGGCAAGGUGGUCCAGCCAGCGAACUUCAGCAAAUCUCUUCACGAGUAUCCUCGCUGGUGUCCCCGCAACAGCUAGUGUCGGUACGCGCAUGCGCAGAACAGGCUCUCACUUUGGAGCCGGAGCUACUGCUGCUGUGCAGUCCACUAUGUGAGCUGCCCGAGGUGCCACUCUCGCUCAUACAGAUAGCUAGCUUCAAUGGAGCAACACUAAAAGCAUCGGAUAUGCGCUCCUGCCUGCUGAUGUUAAGCGAAGAAUGUUCACUACGAGACCUGCAGCUGCACUGUACACACGUCAACACAGUACUGGUGAUGCGAGCUGGCACCCUCCACGUACACGGCUGCAGCUUACUGGAUGACUCCACCACCUCACAGAGUGACUUCGCUCAAGGCGUCGUAGCAAUGUCGGAGGCAGUGGUGCUCAUUGAAGAUACCACCUUCGACAACUUCUACUCCGGCAUCGUCGUACACAAAGGAGCUCAUGUGGAGCUGCGAAACUGCACGAUAAAGAACUGCGGCGUGGGCAUACAGAUGUACUCGGGGUCGUUCGUCAAACUGUCCGGCACCACCAUCACACACUGCUCCGAACAGAGCAUACGCUGUGAACUAGACUCCACAGCCGAGAAGACCAACAGCGUGGACGGUCUACACAUACUGCCCAAUUGUACGAUCGGCUCCGGAGAUAUGAACAAGGAGGUGCUGAUAGUACACCAAGACGUCGACUUGUAACAACAACUUGAGGUGAUAUUCCAUUGGCAAUAGUAUUAGUAGUCUCUCUUCUCACCGUGUGGGUUGUGAGGUGGAAUACCAACCUCAUCAACCACAUUAAUUAAAGCAGUAGAAGUGGUAGUAGAACUAUUGGGUUGUUUCCUAGGUCAAAGAUAAGUUAUUAAAUUCGGAUUACAAAAUAAAAACAUAUGGUAAAGGUGAUUAAAAACGUUUUCUUUUUCUAUUUAACUUAUUUACAAUUUUUAAUAUAGAAAAAUGUUAUAAAACGUGCGAUAUUUUGUCACAUUUUUCUAUGACGUCCCAGGUUGCUUUUCGAUACAAAUUCUAUACUAAUUUCGUUUAGUAAAAAGUAACUGAUUUGACUAGUUGGAAACUAGCCUAUUGCCACAUCACUGGAUAUGCAAUGAGGAAUUGCAAAAGUUAUGUAAAAAAGAGCUUUAUCGCCUAGCCUUUAAGCGGAUAAGAUCACAGUACAGUCAUGAGCAAUAUAAUGUACCCACUUUAGGACUCUGUUGCACUAACUUAUUUGACAUUUAGUGAGACUUACAGUUCAAUUUGUCAAAAAAGUUAAUGUGACAAGGUACCAAAAUGUAUAUAUAGUAAUGCUCGUGACCGGACGCCCAGACCCAGAGGGGGUGAAGUCGGCCCCCAAUACGAAUAGGUGCAGGGCUGAGAGUUACCGUUACUCUGUAUGUUUAUACCUUAUAUAUAGAAAUAAAAUAUUUGAUUACACUUCAUUUUAAUGUAUUUAAAGUGCCUUAUUACCUUUAAAUGAUCUUGAAGCAUCAUCGUGCAGCUUUAAUGUAAUGUUAAUAGGUUGAUGGUAGAUAGAAUGUACCUUUUUAAGUUUUUAUAACGUUUAUCUCACUAGAUGGUAAUAUUUGUGAUGUUUUUAAUAAGAUACUUUUUAAUUAUGUAACAUGUUCUUUUUGUUUUGAUAAUAUAAAAUACACUUGAGAAACUAUUA